UGAUUUUGGCGUAUAUCAUGCAUAAUGCAAGCACACAGAGUAGGAAAGUAAAUGCCUACAUCCCUAGAGCAUAGUCCAAAAUAUAAGUGCAAGAAAAUAAACAGGGGUUGUCAUAAUCUAGAGAUGAGGACGAAUGGUACAAAACCUCUAGGGGAGAAAGGGAGGAGGAAGAAAGGAGGUUUAAAAGAGUACAUAACCAAAAGGAAAGGCUAAACUCUUAAACCUACUGACUUAGCCGCUUGACCCAUAUCCACAUACUUGCGCUCACACCCUUUUUGCUUGUAUUUGGGAGACCGUGCCCUAGCUCUGUGCCUCGCUCCAUGGGUGUACAUGCAAAGGCAAAGACGAAAAACCAAUAGACAAGCGAUGGAAGGAAAGGAUGCAAAGAGUUUAUGAAACGACAUAAAGUAGAUAAGCAUAAUAGGCAUGGCAAGCAAGGAAAGGGUAUGCAUAGAGCGACCCGGCAUCCGGAGACGUAUCCCAAGUGGUUACAUCCGAACGAGGCCUCAUGGGCGUCAAGUGUAACCAAACAAGAUCAAGCCCGCGGAGGGCGCCAAACAUGGCAAAGCCUAAAAUAAGAGAGGCUAACACAAGCAUAAAGCAUGGAAGCAAGUAAGCAUAGACAUGAAGGUAGGGUGAUCCAAACCCUUUGAUGUGGACCUCGGUGUAUGGACGAUGACAAAGACCAUAGGGUCUAGAUCGAGUCCGAACCAUUAGGCAAAAAACACAAGAAAGAAAGAUAAAGCGACGAAAGGGCUACAAUAGCACAUGGCAUGACAAACAUAGAUUAGGUCUAGGCACACAAAUAUGGCAUAGAGCGCACAAACAUAAGGAAGAUGGCAUAAAGCACAUAUAAGCAAGGAAACAAGCAUGUGAGCAUGUGAAUGUACAUCUAAGCAUGUAGGUCUAAGCACAGAUGGGGUAAGAAGCAUGGAAGCAAACAUGUGAGCAUGUAAACCUAGACUUGUCAUUUCUCUGACUCAGAUUUUUUCUAAGCUUAGUAAUUUUGACUUUUUGUAAUAAAAUUGAUACUGACUUUAGUAUGAUUCUUCUCUAUCCCUAAUGUUGCUCUAUUUGUUGCAGAAAUUUUAUUAGCCAAAUGGAGAAGGAAGUAGCUAUUUUAGCUAUUUUUGUUUUACCAUUUCUAUUGGCUUCGAUACUUUACCCUGAGACCACUUUGGCAGAGACAGAAACUUUUCUUGUUGGUUGGACCAAAGAAAACAAUGAUAGUUGGUUCCCUAAUGGAACGACCUUCUAUGAUGGUGAUUCACUCGAGUUUGUAUUCAACCAAACGAAUUACAAUGUGGUGGUUGUAGACAAACCUGCUUAUGAAACAUGCCAAGCACCAGAAGCUGCUUUCGAAUAUAACAGUGGGGAUGAUACAAUUCCUCUUAAGAAAGGGGAAAACUUUUUUAUCUGUACUAAGCGUGAAUGCUGUGAAAACAACAUGAAAAUGAAGAUCGAUGCAGUGGCAGGACAGAGACCAACAAAAAGGAAAGAGACUGGGUCCUGAGCAACCUUAUAUGUGCGAUUGAUAAACGGGUAUGUCAGCAAAUAAUUUAAGGUAACAGCACAUACCCGUUCAGUAAAGACAACACAGUAACAGCAAUAAAUGAUAUUCAUAAUCAACGGGAUAUACCUUAACAAAAACGAGUGAUCAACAACACAUUACUAAACGGGAAUAUAUCUUUAUCAUAUCUUCUUUCCUUCAUGAGUGUUUUUAAGUUGAACAUGGUCUUCGCUCAUGAUCCACCUGAAGAAAAUCAAUGAACAUGAAGUUUUGUAAAAUAGAAGGGACUAUUUUUGGAA